CUCAUGAGCCCUCAUAGCGGAACGCAGCGACUGUAGGCAGUGAGUCAGAGGGGAGUUGCCCGAGCCUCAAAUACGCAAACGUUCAGCCCCAGCGACACUACUUCUGCAGCUAAAUCUCUCCCUCUCCCUCGAAGUGUUAGUUUGUCGCGGAUCCUGCUCUCACACACUCGAAUCAACAAACGCGAGGAAGGAUGGUGUACCACCCCGAGUUUGAGCGCGCCGGUCAGCAGCAAGGCCUGCAGGUGUGGCGGGUGGAGCAGUUUGACCUGGUAGCCGUCCCCGAGAAUCUGUACGGAGGCUUCUACACCGGCGACGCCUACCUUGUCCUCAACACCAUCAAGCAGCGCUCCGGACACCUGCAGUACGACCUACACUUCUGGCUGGGUGACCACUGCACGCAGGAUGAGAGAGGGGCGGCGGCCAUCUUUACCGUCCAGAUGGAUGACCACCUUGGAGGGAAACCCAUCCAGUACCGCGAGGUGCAGGGCUACGAGUCCAAGACCUUCCUGGGCUAUUUCAAGAAGGGACUCAAGUAUAUGAAAGGAGGAGUGGCAUCUGGAUUCAAACACGUGGUCACCAAUGAGGUCGUCAUGCAGCGUGUGCUCCAGGUCAAAGGUCGCCGUGUUGUCAGAGCGACGGAGGUGCCAGUCAGCUGGGACAGCUUCAACACCGGAGACUGUUUCAUUCUGGACCUGGGCAGUGAGAUUUAUCAAUGGUGUGGUUCCCAAAGCAACCGCUUUGAGAAGCUGAAGGCCACUCAGGUCGCCAAGGGUAUCCGUGACAACGAACGCAGCGGGCGUGCACGAGUGUAUGUGUGUGAUGAGGGGGUGGAAAGGGAGAAGAUAACCGAGGUUCUGGGGCCUAAGCCAGACUUGCCCGAGGGAGUCUCUGAUGACAUCAAAGCAGACGCUUCCAACAGGAAGCGGGCCAAGCUUUACAAGGUGUCUGAUGCCAGUGGGGACAUGGCUAUUGCUCUGGUGGCAGCUGAGAACCCGUUCUCCCAGAGCGCUCUGGAGUCCAGCGACUGCUUCAUCCUGGACCAUGGCUCUGAUGGCAAGAUCUUUGUCUGGAAAGGAAAGGACGCCAACAUCGACGAGCGCAAGGCGGCCAUGAAGACGGCGGACGAGUUCAUCAAGAAGAUGGGCUACCCCAAGCACACGCAGGUGCAGGUGCUGCCCGAGCAUGGCGAGACGCCGCUCUUCAAGCAGUUCUUCAAGAACUGGCGCGACAGGGAGCAGACCGAGGGCCUGGGCGUGGCCUACAUCGCCAACUCCAUCGCCAAGAUCGAAAAGGUGUCCUUCGACGCCGCCACGCUCCACGACUCGCCCGCCAUGGCCGCCCAGCACGGCAUGAUCGACGACGGCAGUGGAGAGAAGCAGAUCUGGCGCAUUGAGGGCUCUGACAAGGCUCCAGUUGACCCGUCCACCUAUGGGCAGUUCUAUGGAGGAGACAGCUACAUCAUCCUCUACAACUAUCGUCAUGCAGGACGUCAAGGACACAUCAUCUACAUAUGGCAGGGAAUGGACUCCUCCCAAGAUGAGAUCGGUGCGUCUGCCAUCUUGGCUGCCCAGCUUGAUGAGGAACUUGGAGGAGGACCUGUACAGGUUGCUGGUGCCCGUCUUACCACACAGGUGCGUGUGGUCCAGGGCAAAGAGCCUGCCCACAUGAUGAGUCUGUUCGCAGGGCAGCCCAUGGUGGUGCACAAGGGGGGCACCUCCAGGGGUGAAGGCCAGACGGCCCCCUCAGACACGCGCCUCUUCCAGGUGCGCUCCAACUCGACCGGACACACACGUGCUGUGGAGGUUGACGCUGCUUCCUCCAAUCUGAACUCUAAUGACGCGUUCAUCCUCGCCACCCCUGCGGGAGCGUUCAUGUGGGUGGGCCAGGGCGCCUGUGACUCAGAGAAGCAGGGCGCCCAGCAGCUGUGCGACCUCCUGGGGGUGUCUGCCUCCGAGCUUCCUGAGGGCGGAGAGAGCGAUGACUUCUGGGAGGCUUUGGGAGGUAAGGCGGAAUAUCGCACCUCCACCCGUCUGAAGGACAGGAUGGACGCCCAUCCGCCCAGACUGUUUGCCUGCUCCAACAAGACGGGGAACUUCAUUAUUGAGGAGGUACCUGGAGAGAUGACACAGGAGGAUCUGGCCACCGAUGACGUCAUGAUCAUGGACACCUGGGACCAGGUGUUUGUAUGGAUCGGGAACGAGGCCCAGGAGGAGGAGAAGACUGAGGCCAUGGCUUCUGCUGCCCGCUACAUUGAGACAGACCCUGCCAACCGUGACCGCCGGACGCCCAUUGUGAAGCUCAAGCAGGGCUUCGAGCCGCCCACGUUCAGCGGCUGGUUCCUGGGCUGGGACUACGACUACUGGACCAGUGACCCCCUGGAGCGUGCCAUGGCUGAACUGGAACUGUGAACUUUGACCCCUUACCUUUAACCUUUUCGCUCCACUGCCUUAUUGCCCUGAGUUGCAGCCACAGGCACUCCUGAAGGAAAAGUAAAUAGCUACUUUCUCUGCACGUAGCAAUCCCACCAUAGCCAUUUUUAAGCAAUUUUUUUUAUUUAUGAUAAUUUGUGGCAUACUAGGUACAUAGAGAAUACGUUAGACUUGAUCGUACCCAGUUUUUACACACACAUCAGCAAACACGUAACUGAUAUUAGGGACACAUGACUAUUUGACAUCUCCUGCAUGUUAUUUUUUGUAGAAGUGUUUUUUUAUAUGCCAGCACUGGAAUUGACCAACAUUAAGGGCUUUUACUUAGAAAUACCCUUUAGGGUGGCUGUUAUAGAUGCUGUUGCACAUGCUUAUAGCCAUAAGUAGGAUCACAUUCAACAUGAAGGACCUUAUCGAGAUGUUUUGCCUUAAACCUUGCAAUCUUUUUGGUCAAAUGUGAACAGUCUAUUCUCCAAAACUAUGAUUUGUAUGACUGGGUGAUGAAAUUCCUGCCCAUUUCUGAUCUGUAAAGCCUCUUCUAAAAGAGUGGAUGCAACUGCAAUACUGCCAAAAACAUGUUCAGGUCUCAUAGCUCUCUACUGCAAAUUAUCUAAAUCCAUUCCUCAUUAAAACCAAUUCAGUAAAAUAGCUAAAUGAAUUCUUGGAAGAGAACUGAUAUUCACGCAAUAAUUACGAACGACCACUAGAGGUCUCAGGUUCUCCAUUUCUAACAAAAGCCAUUCGGCUCAUGUUGGCGCCUUGGUGGUCAGCCCACUGGGCUCUAACUUAUUCCUGGAUAUCCACUAGUCAUUUAGAAAACCAGGACACAUCAUUCCACUCUAAUGACACUUAUACUUACAGUUAUGGAGAUUCACUGCCAGGAAAGAAAAAACAAAUGGAGUGCUCUUGCACGAUGGUAGUGUAAUUAGACGAAGAAGCCCUAUAGCCUUAAUCAUAUUAGUUAUGCACUUUAUGUGCCAGGGUUGAUGGAUGAGGCCUGGGGGGGCGGGCGGGGGUUGAUAUCUUGGUCUGGAAUGCUGGAGUGUUAGUGUAGGUGAUGCAUCAGUGGCACUUUCAAUUAGUGUUACUAUUCUGGGAUGUGAUUAGUUGGAGGACCAAGGGAGUGAAGUGCAGGAGGCAUGUUCCAUUUGAGUUCUUCGGAGGUGUGUCCUGUUCCCCACUAUAUGGGGUGCAGGAGGCAUGUUCCAUUUGAGUUCUUCGGAGGUGUGUUCUGUUCCCCACUAUAUGGGCUCAGUGAGAGCAUGCAAUGUUAAGCUCUAUUGGACUGUGUUGAACUGUGAGUAGAGCCAGAUUUCCUUAGCUGGCAGUUCGGUGGCUGGAGAGGUCUAGGCACAGCGACACCACAGGGCAGACUUCAGCUGGACACAUCUAUAAACUCUAGCUUGGUCUCCUCCAUUUCGACACAUCCAUCAACUCUGGCUUGGUCUCCUCCAGCUGGCUUUGUACUGGCCAAGCUUGUCGGUAGCUAAAGCUAAUGCUAAUGCUUCAGCCGGACCUCUGAGGGUUUGCUGCUUUGUUGCUUCAAGUUUACAAUCCUGAUAUUGCUCUCUCUCAACUGCAGAAGUCAUUCAUUCCCUUGCCACCAUUACUUCUUUUGUUACAAUAAAGAAAAAUAAAACACA